AUGAAGAAAUUGCAUAUCAUCUACUUUGCUAAUGUCUACUUGGUUGCUGUAUAUCUCUUCUCACCAUAUUCUGUUUCUACACAUCAGCAGAUUAUUCCUUUUCAUAUAAAUAUUUCUGCUUCUUUGGUGGCUGUAACUUUGUGCUUAUGUGAAGGGGGUUGCCAUGUCAUUUUGAAGAACUCAGAGGUUGUUUCAGUCUCUUCCAACACCCAAUAUCAGAUCAUAAAUGGUUUGGGGCACUUGGUAGAAAGAUCUCCAUUGGCAAAGCAAGUUCCACCAGUUGCCAUGGCUUUUACAGUUGGUGCGCGAUUUGCCAAUAAUAUCUACGGUGGGAUGCAGUUUGUGGACUGGGCCAGCUGA